GUUCGGUUUCCAAGUAUUUGAAUGAAACAACCCAGAUAUGGCGUGCACGUGCAGUGUCCGUGUGAUAGGGAGUCCGUACCAUUUCCAGUUUUCCAUGUUGCCAGCCGAUAUAGAGGGCGGGAAGAAGCCGCCGAUACCUAAAUCUCUAGUCGAACUUCACUUCGCCUGGAGGCUGGAGCUGAACCAUGGCCGGCGGUGAAUCGCAGAAGCAAUUUCUCGCUCUCAUCCGUAACUUCGCCUCCGAAAAAUCCCAAGACGAACACAGGGUGUCGGAUCUGAGGAAGCGAUUCGCCCACCUACAGGGCGAACUGACCGCCGCGAACGCUGAUCUUGAGGAAUUGAAGGAGUCGAAGGAGGCGGCUGAGCAGGAGCUCAAGGGGGUGCAGUUCCAACUCUCCAUGAUUGAUGCCUCGAUCCAAGCGCAGGAGGCUCGGAUCGGUCUGCUGCAGGAGGAGAUACUGAAAUUACGUUCCAAUGUGGAUGCACUCAAGAGUGAAGAGGGGGCUGACCGGGACGAGUUCAUUAAGGCAAUGUGCGAGCUGAACAAGAAGAUAAGGCAUUUGCAAGAGAUGAUUGCGAAUGCUUUUCUAGAUGAGCAUGAUGGACCAUAUUCAAAAGAAAAUGACAAAAUAGUUUCUAAAUCCGAAGUAUCCGACAAGCAAGAGAUGCUGAAACUAAAAGGUAUUGAAGAUAAUAUUGCUCAUCUCAAAGAUCAGAUGCAAAAGUUGGAAGCAGAAUAUCAGAAGGAACAACACAAUUAUAGCAAGGCUUGUGAAGGGCUUGCCCAUGCUGAAAGAAGAUGGUUUCUCAUGUCGGCUAUCAUGGAAGAAACAAAACAGCUGCAAGAACUAGCAGAGCGGACACCUGAACUGGAAAAGGUAGUUGCUUCUCUCGGGGAAGACAUGGCAAGGAAGUGCACUUGCCCCAGUUGUGGAUUAAACAACAUCGAAGAUGGAGCAAUGGAAGGACCCGAAGCGAUCGAAACUAGCUAAAUUUACCCUUUUUGUUUAGGUGGCAACUGGUUCGAAAACUUUGGUAAGGUAUAACGUUCAUCUUUCUAUAAGCAGCGAGAAAGAACGAAAAUGGCCAAACUUGCACUCAUGAGCGAGAAACUUCUAUAGUUCUCUGCUCUCUCUAAGUGUUUCAAGGUGAUUUUCCUCUU